GACUCAGUGAAGUGACUCGCACCGCCCAUGGCUAAUAAAGCAGAUCGUUGACUUCGGAAGUUGAUUCAUUUCCUGCGUUGCUCGGGCGUCUCCUUGGUCUAAACGCAAGCCUGGAAAGGUCUAUCGAGUGUUCAAGAAGAUUAUCAUCGAGAUAAGGGUUACAACCCAUCCUAACAUCUGGAAUGGCUUCUCAGUGGGAUGAUUUGAGCCUCCUUCUGGAUUCACCGGACUCUCUGUCCUUCUCUGGUCGAGGAACCAUUAAAGAUAAAGUGGGUUUUAACGCAGGUGAAGACGCUGCUGCUUUACGGAAGGCCAUCGAGGGAAUCGGCACUACCGAGAAGACUCUGAUCGACAUUCUGACUCAGAGAAGCAGCGCUCAGCGUCAGCAGAUCUGUAAAGCGUACAAGGACGUGACCGGAAAGUCUCUCGUGGACGCUCUGGAGGGAGACACUCAUGGACAAUUUGAGGACAUCCUGGUGGCUCUCGUCACCCCGCCGGCUCAGUUCGACAUGCAGGAGAUUAGAAAGGCAAUGAAAGGAGCCGGAACUACAGAGAGCACGCUGAUCGAGAUCCUCGCCUCCCGAUCCAACCAUCAGAUCAAAGCUCUGUCUGACGCAUACUUACAGGAGACGGGGAAAGCGCUGACUUACGAUCUGAAGUCGGAGGUGUCGGGGGAUUUUGGGAAAACUCUGAUCACCCUGGCUGAGGGCAAAAGGGACGAGAGUAAAAAUGUGGACGCUGCUAAAGCCAAAGCCGACGCGAAGGUCCUGUACGAGGCCGGAGAGAAGAAAUGGGGGACGGACGAGAGCAAGUUCAUCGAUAUCCUCUGCCACAGGAGCGUUCCUCAGCUCCGACAAACCCUGGUGGAAUAUAAGAACCUGAGCGGGAAAACCCUGCAGCAGAGCAUCGAGAGCGAGAUGUCCGGGAAUUUAGAGGAAGUUUUAGUAGCCAUAGUGAAAUGUGUGAAGAGCGUCCCGGCGUACAUGGCAGAGCUUCUCCAUAAGAGUAUGAAGGGCGCGGGCACUAACGAGGCCGUGCUGACUCGGAUCAUGGUGAGCCGCUCCGAGAUCGACAUGAUGGACAUCAAGGCCGAGUAUAAAAAACUGUUCGGCCGCUCCUUGUACUCCGAUAUCGAGUCUGACACAGGGGGGGAUUAUCGGAAAACUCUGCUGGGGAUCUGCGGAGCGGACGAUAAGGCCUGAGCUAAAAAUCCACCUCGUCGCCCCGAGAAACACGCGGAGGAGCCCGGAUGAAGUGAUGAGGGAGCAGCGGAGUGUUCUUGUUUCAACGUUCACUACAUUUCUUUACAUUUUUACUUACAAACAUAUAAAACCUUUCGAUGUUAAUCCUUACAGAUACUGUAUGAAGUAUGACGUGUGAAUGUAACCGAUGGAUUUAUAUUACUCUAGAGCGUAAACAGAAUUGUAUGUGUGUGUGUUCAUGGUAUGUCACACCGGGAAGAUUUAGAGAAAUAAAACUUGCUAAAACUAAUUUUUUGCUGUGAAUCUAAAUCUAAAUAAAUUUCUUAUUCUAAUGAA